GUUCCAUCGGUGUCUCUGUUUGAACCCUGUUCGAGACAUCCCCUCUCUCCUCAUACAUAUAUGACCAGUCAUUUCCCCGAGCAAGUGCCGGGUUUUGCUUCAAAGCACGAGUCAAUUGACACUGUCUGCCAAUAGGCUCCAUUGCCCGUGUUGGCCCCAAUGACCUGAUUACGUCGGAUCCCGAUUUCAUGAAGCACAUCCUUGGCGUGAGGACCGAGUAUCGCCGUUCAGAUUGGUACGAUGGAAUGCGGUUUGAUCCUGCCAACAACAACAUCCUGUCAUGGCGGGACGAGGAUGAGCACUUCAAACUACGGUCCAAGAUGGCUGCCGGGUAUGGGGGCCGAGAAGUCGAAAAUCUUGAGCCUAAGAUUGACAAAAAUGUUCUCGCCUUCAUCGCCCUCCUGAAAAAUUACGCCACAGAAAAGAAAGCUGUCGACUUUGGCCGCAAAGCCCAGUUCUUUACUCUCGAUGUCAUUUCCGAUCUGGCUUUCGGGAAGCCGUUUGGCUUCCUUGAGACGGAUUCGGAUGUCUACGAAUACAUUGGAACGACGGAAGAAACUCUGCCAAUGGUGAUGGUAACGACGGUAGUCCCCGUUUUGGUUAAGAUUUUGAGCCAUCCUCUCUUCAAGCGAUUGUUGCCGUCGGAAAAGGAUCGGUUGGGUUUUGGCAGAAUUAUGGGAAUCGCCAAGGAUGUUGCCGCUGAGAGAUUUGGCCCAGACAAGAAGAUCCAGAAGGACAUGCUCGGAUCAUUCGUGGCCCACGGGCUUACUCAGAAAGAAGCCGGGUCUGAAAUUCUCUUGCAAAUCGUUGCUGGAUCCGACACCACAGCAACAGUUAUUCGUUCCACCAUGCUGCAUGUUGUAGCAAAUCCUCGGGCCUACAACAGACUCCGGGCAGAAGCCGCAACCACGCAAUACUCCAGUGAAAUCAUUCCCGAAUCCAUCGCCCGCGAUUUGCCGUAUCUCCAAGCAGUCAUCAAGGAAGGUCUCCGCAUCUUCCCCCCGGUUGCUGGCCUCAUGGCAAAGGAGGCGCCACCCCAGGGCGACAUUUGGAAGGGCGUAGUCAUCCCCGGCGGCACGCGUAUUGGUUACGACGCUUGGGGCAUCUUCCGCCGUGAGGACCUUUGGGGUAAGGACGCGGGCGAGUUCCGCCCAGAGCGAUGGCUUGAUUCGUCUCCCGAUAAGCUCAAGGAGAUGGAGAGUGCUCUGGAUCUGAUCUUCAGCUACGGCAAAUGGCAAUGCCUGGGACGGCCUGUUGCUCUCAUGGAGCUGAACAAGGUCUACGUGGAGCUACUUCGAAGAUUUGACUUCUCGCUUUGCGAUCCUACUAACCCGUGGAAGGUGUUCAACUGUGGCAUCUUCUCACAGUCUGAGCUCUGGAUGAGAGUUUCUACUACUGAAGCCAAUUGAACUAUUUUCAGCGGUACUACGUUCAGAUCGAAAUCCGGACGAGCCAUGCUUGAGGUCUGAAUGGCCGAUGUUGGAGGAGUAAUAAUGUAAAUCAUGUUCAGAGACUGUCCCUGGAUAAUUAAGCACAUGUAUUCAAUAGCAUGUACUGGAUAAUGCUCUUCGCACAUGUGUAUCCUGCUAUUGCGCCUGCAGAUAGAACGUGAUCUUGGGGGGUUGGGGGUUGCUUACACCGCACACCGCGCCUCGUAACCAUUUACUCAGGCGUAGAUAGACCAAAUAUCCCACCUAAUAAAUAGGUAAUUUUACGCUUUAUUCAUUACA